AUGAUGAUGAUGAUGUUCUCGGCCCUCCUCACAACGGGCGUCCUGGCCGGGACGGCCCUGGCAGCCUCGCUCACGCAAGUCUCCGACUACAACAACAACGCGACGUCCAAGGCGCAGAUGUACGUCUACAAGCCCGACAACGUCGUCGCCAACCCGCCCCUCGUCGUCGUAAUCCACUCGUGCCAGUCCACCGCACAAUCCUACUUCCAGAACAGCGCCAUACCCUGGAAAAAGGGAUCCGACGGCAAGGGCUACAUCACCGUGUGGCCCUCCUCGCCCAACAGCGGGACGUGCUGGGACGUAUCCUCGAAGCAGUCCUUAACCCACCUCGGCGGGGGCGACUCCCAGGCCAUCGCGAACAUGAUCCUGUACGCGAUCUCGGAGUACGGGGUUGACGCUGAACGUGUCUACGUGACUGGUGGUAGUUCCGGGGCGAUGAUGAGCAACGUGCUGGCGGCGACGUACCCGGAGCUAAUCAAAGCUGUCUCGCUGUACAGCGGGGUGGCGGCGGGGUGCUUCGUGAGCUCCUCGGGGGGUGUCGACCAGUGGAACAACAGCUGCAGCGGGGGGCAGUCGCGGGCGACGCCCGAGAAGUGGAGGCAGGUGGUGCUGGACAUGUAUCCGGGGUACGAGGGGCCGAGGCCAAAAAUGCAGAUCUGGCACGGCAGCACCGACAGCACGUUGGCGCCGCAGAACUACGAGGAGGAGAUCAAGCAGUGGACUGCUGUCUUCAACGUCACGCAGGAGCCCACGAGCUCGCAGAAGGACUACCCGAAACAGGGGUAUACGACCAAUAACUUUGGUGACACGGUCCAGGGCAUCUACGCUCAGGGGGUCGGACAUUCGGUUCCAUCGAAUCUUACGGCUAGCGAGGAGUGGUUUGGUUUGUGA